AGAUUUUGGGUGAACAGUUUAUUUUUUUAAAUAAAUCUAUGCUAAAAAAAUCAUCUUAUUUUAGAAAUACUAAAAUGUAUCGUCUCUUAAAAUCGUAUGCUUUUAAAUUUUCGUCUGUUGAACCCAGCAAAACUUUUUUGUUGUCCAUCCAAAAUGGUCCCAUUAACUCCGCAAACGUCUUCCUGCUUUGCAGUUUUUACUUUACAAUGAUCUGUUUGUUUGUUUUACGCUUCGCAGAUCGAAAUUCUCUUCUCGUACUACGAACAGUUUGUCUGUCAGCUCAUGCUUUUGAGUAGGCAGCUGGGGUAUCAAAAUUAAUAUGGCUAGUAGUCACGUGGUUUUAACAUCGGGGGCCAAACUAUGGAGAUCUUUGCCUUGCCUCACUUCAGAGCUACGUCUGGAUCUCACUCUUGCCUGUGGACAAUCUUUCCGCUGGAAGGAAACCGCAGAGGGACACUGGACUGGAGUGAUGGGAGGGCGGGUGUGGACUCUGACUCAAACCGAUGACCGACUGUGGUAUCAUGUCUACACAAACCAAAAGAAACGGGGAGGAAGGGAAAACAGAGCUGAGGAGAAACCUGAAGGUGUUCCGAAUGUGGAAGAGGAGGCACCAGCUGUCACGGAUGAGCAGCAAAGCACCAUGGAAGCAGAGAUGCUGAGAGACUACUUCCAGCUGCAUGUGAAGAUGGAGGAUUUAUGCAGGCACUGGGGAGCAGCAGACCGUCACUUCAAAAACACUGCAGAUGUUUUCACUGGUGUCAGGAUGCUGCGCCAGGAUCCCACAGAGUGUCUGUUCUCCUUCAUCUGCACCUCCAACAACCACAUCUCUCGUAUUCAGGGCAUGGUGGAGAGACUGUGCCAGGCUUUGGGGGCUCCACUCUGCCAGCUUGAUCAAACUCCUUACCACGAUUUUCCAACAUUGUCAGCUCUUGCAGACAGCAGUGUAGAGGCUCGUCUUAGGGAUCUUGGUUUUGGAUACAGGGCACGAUACCUCCAGCAGAGUGCUAAAAUGAUCUUAGACAGCCACGGGUCCCAAUGGAUCGAAGGUUUACGCAGAGUUCCCUAUCUGGAGGCUCGUGAGGCUCUCCGGACACUCCCUGGGGUUGGAGCAAAGGUGGCAGAUUGUGUGUGUUUGAUGUCCCUGGAUAAGCCAGAAGCUGUGCCCGUUGACACACAUGUCUGGCAGAUUGCCAAGCGGGACUAUAAGUAUGCUGCUGAUAAUGGACAAAAGAGCUUGACAGAUAAACUUUACAAAGACAUCGGAGAUUUCUUUAGAAAGCUGUGGGGGCCGUAUGCUGGUUGGGGCCAGUCGGUGCUGUUCUGUGCAGAUCUCAAGAAGUUCCAAACCCUCAAAGAAAUGGGACACAUGAAGCAGCCAAAGAAGGAAAAAGAAACACAGAAAAGGUGUAAAAAAACAAAGAAGGAUUUUGAUGGAAAUAAAAUCAAAACGGAGCCAGAAUAUAGGAAAAAGGCAAAAAUUUCUGUAAAAAAAGAAAGUACUCUAUAGAGUAGACCAAGUUUAUGUCAGAAAAACACUAAACUGAAUUAGGGUUUUGUUUUUCCACUCACCUUAACUCUUUUAUGAAAUGAAUCAUCUUACAACAAGUACCGGUACUACUGCUUUUUUACAACAUGGGUAUCUCUGUCUAUUACAUGUGCUGUGAAUUCCUAUAAUGCAACAUAUUAUAGAUGUAUUUAUUUUUUACAAAAAAAUAAAUGUUUAAGCACAA